CAGGGACACAGCAUCCAACACUGUAGCUUCCCCCAAAAGCCCCAUUUUAUUUCUCUUAGUUCCAUAACUCAGUAUUCAAUUGACCUCCUAUACUGGUAUUGGAUUCUGGACAGAGUUCCUUGUUCCUCUUGCUUGACCACAGUACUAUGCCGACGACUAGCCUACGAAGAUGAAAACCUUUCUUGAUAACCUAAACAAUAUAUCAAACCGGUUUAAUCCUCCUUCCACAGCCGCAGACAAGUCUCGAACGUCGCCUAAUGUGGCUCCCACAUCUUUCAAGCGGAUGGUUUCCGAUCUAUCCACGUCUCCUAACACUACCAGAGCCCGGAUCGUCACUGACUGGGGUAUUGACGAUCUCGACGACGAAGAAUUGUUGACCCCCGCCAGCAGCAGUUUCUCGAGCCUACAUAACCCCUUCCCCCAGCCACGAGUACCUCCGUUUGUCCACAGGCGAAACUCCUCCAGAACCACGUCUGUCUCCACCCGGUCUGACCACAUGAUGCACCUAGUUCGGCCACCCCUUGGGCUAGAUACUCUCGUAUUGCACGAAGAGUACCCCAGUGCGCUGCCUCUGAACCCAGCCUUUGAAUCCAAUUUUUUUCUCUACCCCCUGGACCACGCCGCAGAACCGUGGGGCGUGGCACUAGACAACGACGCCACUGACCUCCACAAGUUGACUGCAUUGUGGGACCGCGUGAAAAGACUAAUACUAUUAAACCAGAAUCUGGAUGGAGAGCUUUUUGACAAGUUAAAGUAUAGUUUGAUUGUUUCGAACUUGCUCGACGACUCGAUUGUGAUACUGAAGAAUGAUGAACUCCUAUUACAGUUGAGCAGAGAGAGUGCCAGGGACGAGGGAAAGGAGCCGCUAAAAGUAGCUUCGAUCUACGGAGCCAUUAUUCCCCUGAAGCAGCGCUAUAGGCUCAAGCCCUGGACCAAGUUUGGCCCGUACCAUGUGGUGACUAUGAAUCUCUUAUUGGCCCGUUACACGAGAUCCAAACCCAAAGGCGCGGAUGCGUCACUAAUUAUACCCUUUAAUACUGAGAAGCCGUCACCGCGAGUUCAGAACCUCGUUGCAUCUAUCGUCCUUCUUUCCUGCGUGAUCCAUUUUAAGAAUCGGCACGUGAAAUCUGCUGUCCAAAAAUCCGCCAUCUUGCAAACACUACAGCCCUUUCUUGGGGGAAACUUCACCCUUAACAAGCUAUUAGGAAAGAGUCUUUCCAUUAUCAAAGAGUCUGAGGUUUAUCGGAGCUUGCAGCGCGGUCGCGACGGGGAUAUUCGCGCCUCUAUUCUUCCUCCGCCGAAUCCGACGACACUCCUGGAAUUGAAUGCGCUCAUGACUUCGGUUGUGGAAUUAAUCAUAGGGAGAUUCCACAAGAAUAUUAAACUUCUCUUACCGUUUUUAAACGGUGAAAUCUUGGAGCGAUACUGCGAGAUUUACAACUUGGAGAAUAUAGAGCUUGUAUUGCUCUCGACGAUGGCCACGAACCACCCCAUCCAAGCUGAGGAAAUCAGUUCUUUUAGCAAUGAUACCAGUUACGAUGCUGCUUUGCAGCCUGCCAAAUCCACCGCUACCAACAGACAGUCAUUACGUUUACGAACAUUUUCCUUGCAUUCAGAAAAUGCCAAUGACCAGAGAAAUGGCGCUACGCAUCCGAGCCAAUCUGUCAAGUUGACUGUUUUGAUCAACCAGUUGAACCAGGUCCGCAAAUUCUUCAUCUGCGAAUUGUUAACUUUGAACGAGCCGCCCCAGUACAACUUUUUCCUCUCCAAAUUCUGGGAGAUCUUCAAAGUUCCAGCCUCAUCGAAGAGGUUCUUGGACACUGGUUCCAAAAUCGCCUUGAUACGUGCCGUUUUGCUCGACUCCGUAAACGAUUUGAAGUUGUACAACCAAGUUUUGCAAGACGUUACCGAUAGACACGGCACCCAUCAGAAGACACCUGCAUUUUCUUCAAGUGGGGGAGAAGUGACCCUCUCCCCCCCGCACCUUAUCGAUACUUCCACACCAUCCAACUCCAAUCGAUCUUCCGUCAGCUUUAACAGUAUUGGCGGAAUUCAUGGGAGACCCACAACAGAUGCCUCCCACAUUGCCAAAUUGAGUUACAAGGUGGACCAAAUUAGCAGCAACCUAAUGUUCUUGCAGUUAUACAACAGAGAAUCAGAGGGAGAGAGCCCUAGUUCCAGAGAUUUGCCGGCAGACUCGGGCGGAGCCCUUUCGGAGAAGAUUCACAUCUUAGAAAAUAUUGGUUUGGAGUUGAACUCCGCAAUUGACCAUUACCAGAAGGGACUAUACGAGUUGCGAAUGUUGGAUUCUGAACAACAAAGACAAAAUCAAAUCCGAUUAAGGAAUAAACAGAAUCAAAUAUCCGGCCUAAGAUCGUUUUCUACUAACACGAUGGGCCACUCGUCAUCCGUAAGUGUAUUGUCGCGUGCAAAUAUGAAGAAGCGAUUCUCCUUGCCACCACAGGCCUUUAAGGACUUUUCUGUUUUGAAUUCUCCGGUGACAACCAGUAAUGCGGAUCAUGGGUCAUCUUCUGCGGCUAGAGGGAGCCUGCAGUAUUUAGCCUCACCGCUGCGCGCCGGUAAGAGUUCCUUUGAGGAUAGCUCGGCUCAUCCUGACCAAGCCCAUCCUGCCAGUCAAACUCUCCAGAGUACGAAGAAGUAUAAGCGUCUCAGCACUGGGCUACAAGUGAGUCUUUUGACAGUGUUUGAAGAACUGAGCCCUGCCCCAACCCAUCACCCUCGAAUGAUUUCCUACGACGACAAUUACUUGAACAUCACUCCCAGCGAUGGGAUAUUCUCUGGAAAUGAUUCUCCCGUCUUGCGAACCUUUCCCCAUAGCCAUACUGUAAUGCCAUCCGAUGCGAAUCCUGGGAGGGAGCCUGUACCUGAAACUCUUCAGCAGUUUUCUAACGCUGAGACGAGCGUGAUAAUACACGACGUUAAUAACGUCAACGGCGAAGAGGGAAACAACUCAUUGACACCAAACGAAUUGAGAUUGCAGUUGACCCGGAAUUUUGAAAGUUUAUUGAACACUCAGGAGAUUAAGAAAGCGUCGAGGCAGGCAAAACACCGAAGUGUGGCAUUUUUGGAUGGACCCGGCUCCAAGCCAGCCGUUACCCUCGACGAGGUGAGUGAGGAGCAGGAUGAAGGCGAGGAAUGUGUUAAUAGUUUGGAAAAGAUACGGGUCAGAAAAAUGACCCAGCACACCUUGGAGGCCACAUCUGAUGCUGAAGAGACGAAGGUAGGUGAAGAUGGGGCACAUGCCGAAAUAGUUGAUGUUUGUAACAAAAGUUUGAUGAUCCUGGAGUUGGCCAAUGUUUUGGCGGCUGUCCAAACCCAGAGUGAAUAAUAAUGUUUAGAUAACAAUUAAUAAACUUUGUCCUUGGAUUAUGGAAUCUAUAGGCUAAAGCUAUCGACGAAAGAUUAACCACGCGUGUUACUAGCUUGGACAAACGCGUCAAC